GACGAGAUGAUUCAACUGCUGCUGCUGGUGGGGUUCGUGCUCGGAGGUUACUUCCUCCUGGUCAGCACCCUGUUCAGGAGGUCCACAUGUAAAGGGAACGCCGGGAUGGCCGGGAAGACCGUCAUCAUCACAGGAGGAAACACCGGCAUCGGCAAAGCCACGGCGUUGCAUCUGGCCCGGAGGGGGGGCCGAGUGAUCCUGGCCUGCAGGAACCGAGACAAGGCUGCAGCCGCCAUCACAGAGAUCCAGCAGGAAACGGGGAACUCAGAGGUUCUGUACAUGCAGCUGGACCUGGCCAGUCUGAAGUCUGUUCGCUGCUUUGCUGAAACGUUCCUCAAAGCCGAGUCCAGACUGGACCUGCUGAUCAACAACGCAGGUCUGGUGGCGGACGGACGGACCGAGGACGGCUUCGGCAUCGAGUUCGGCGUGAACCAUCUGGGCCACUACCUGCUGACCGUCCUGCUGCUGCCGCGGCUGAAGGAGUCCGGAGGAGGCCGGGUGGUGACGCUGAGCUCCAUGGCUCAUCGGUGGGGAACCGUUGACUGUGAGGCUCUGGCGGCGAACCGACACCUGGGCACCGGCAGGUACAGCUGGCAGUUCUUCCACGCCUACUGCAACAGCAAGCUGUGCAACGUCCUCUUCACCCACGAGCUCGCCAAGAGGCUGCGAGGGAGCAACGUCACCUGCUACAGCGUCCACCCAGGUGUGGUCCGGACCGAGCUGUCCCGCAACGUCAGCCUGUGGCAGAAGGUCUUCAUCGAGCCCGUGGCCCGGCUGCUGUUCCUGGACCCGGAGGCCGGCGCCCAGACCACGCUGCACUGCGCCCUGCAGGAGGGCAUCGAGCCGCUGAGCGGGCGCUACUUCGCCUGCUGCGAGGUGCAGGAGGUGACGGACCGGGCCAAGGACGACGCCGUGGCCCGGAAGCUGUGGGAGGUCAGCGAGAGGCUGUGUGGGCUGUCCUCAUAGAGACUGGAGGAGCACCUGGGCCAGGUGGGCCAGGUGUUCCAGGUGUUCCAGGCCUCGCUGUGCUGCCAUCUGGUGGCCGAAGCCUCCAACUGUCCUUUAACGCACCGAGCUUCACCUCCAUCAGUCACUCCUAGAAACUCGGUGAACAUGAGCUUCAUGUAAUCGUGAAAAAAAAACAACGUUGGAGGAUUAAGAAAGAAUAAACACACUGGUUGUGUGUUUGCAGUGAUUUUGUCUCUUUUUCAGUUACUGUUGUGUCUUUUUGUCGUCGUCGUGCAUCUUCUCUGCUUGUUGUGUCUCUAUGUGGUCGUUGUGUGUCUCUCUGUGUUGUGUGUCUUUGACUUUCUGGUUUUUCUUUGUGGAUUUGGAGCACUGCUCUGAGUGUCAACGUGUCAUAUUUCAUGUAAACCUGUAAAUUAAACGGUUUUACAUUCACAACAUUUGAACUGAAGUGCAGUAUUCGAGUAAAUGUACUUUGUAGUUUGAAGUCUGUUUUUAUAUAAAUCUGUAUGAUGAGAAAUGCUGCUUGUGUGUUGCUGCAGAUCAUUUAGAAGAAUCUGUUCCUUCAUACGGUGCAUGUUGUGUAUGUGAUUGUGUGUUUGUUCAGACUGUAGUGACUCUGGAACAGAACCUGCCUCAGCGCCACGGUUCUGAUAGAGACGAGCCGUGGUUUUAGUGAAACUUGUAUUUUUAAACUAUUUUUCUCUGAAGCAGAUGUAAACCUGGUCACAUGCUUGUAGCUUCACUGUUUGUCCUACAGUCAAUAAAACUGAUCUGAAGUCUG